AUGUCUUGCUGGCGCGUACUGACGCUCCUCAAGCAGCCAGGAGAUGAGCAGGUACCGCCGCUGCUUGUCAAACCUACCUUCAACCCGGACUCGUACAUUGUGCAUCUUACCGAUCUGAGUAACAUAUGGUGUGAAGAGCUGGGUCUGGACGACAUCGUGGACCGAGCUUCGCAAGAGCAAUCGCCAAUCGAAGCCAGCAAACAGGAUCCUGCGCAGCUUGCCGUUCUUCUAGAAAACAUCGCGAAGCCGCUCCAUAAUGCAGGAGAUGCAACAUGCCGCAUCACUCGCAAUGAAGAAGACAGCAUCAUCCUGCAUACUACCAUCAGCCUUCCAGAGCCACUCGGCCGCCUGCAGUGGAGGUUUCAUCUGCAGAAGCGCACAUCUACAGCCCUCAAGAAUGAACUCAUUCUCACCCUUUUUGUCUCCUCGCAUAUCCAGAAUGAGCGCAUUGCCAGUCUCAUCAAAACAAUCGCUAGCAAGGAUAAUGCAAUCAAUAGACUGCUAGAUCAGUUCGAUGCAACCAACAUGGACUUGGCUGCCGCUUUCCCUAGCGUGGGCGGCACCAAGGCUGGAAGAAGAACGGUCAAGCGUGAGCAAGCGGCAAAGCACGUUCCCGCCUUGCGGCCCUUUCAUGAGGACGCAUGGAGGCAAGACACGGGGCACUUGGAGGAUUCAGACCUGACUUCAUUGGGCUUGUUCCAGGAAGCACUGGCUCAGACCACACCAAAAGUGCCAGAAAAGCUGAAAUCGGAGAAUAUUCAGACGUCUUGGUGGACAUCAGUGCCGACUCAGUUGGCUCCUCUCAAAAUUUCAGUAAAGCCUACAUCAUUUGUCAAAUCGAAAGAUGCCUCUGAAUCCAGCGACGAAGAGACAGAAGACGAAUUUGACACUCACGAGAAUUUCAAAGUGAGAAACAAUGUAUCCCACUUCCACCGCAUUGUUGACUUUGCGCAGACCCGUAACAUUCCUCCAAAGCCGACAAAGGUGGCAGCGGCGUUGACACAAAUACUGCCUUUGAAAGACCAUGGCGAGGAUGAAAGCGACAGCACUGAAGAAGAGAACGACCUUGAUGCACCGCCAAAGAGCUACAGUCAGAAUAAAUCCCAAGACAUCUCACAAUCUGUACGGCAAAGAUCUUCAUCGCCCGACCAACGUUCUUCGCCCGUCGCGGCUGCACCAUCGGCAACCAAACCCAAAGCCAGCAGCUUCCGCAUAGGUGGUAAGCCGCAAAGAAUAUCCUCGUCUCCCACGCCAUUACCAGAUGGCGCAAUUGUAGGAGCCAAUCCUGACAUCGCUCUGAUGACGAGAGAAUCUGUCCCUCCAGCUUCCCAACAAACAGAGAUGGCCAUGACACCUAGAAAACUCAGAAAACCGUUUAGGAUUGGUGGCAAAGCGAGAGCCACUGAAGAUAAUGAGCCUUCACAGCUCGCCGUUACAGCUUCUCCCAGCAAAAACCGCACAAGGGAUAUGGCAUCUCCUACAAUAGAGCCACCGUCAUCGCCACCCCAGUCACAGGAAGCAACACAGGAAGCACCACCAGUUGAGGAGGUUCAAGAAGAGACACCAGAAGAAAAGGCCGAAAGAAGGCGGGCUGAACUGAAGCGAAGGAACGAGGAAGCAGCGAAAAAACAAGCGCAACAGAAGAAGAAGAAGAAGAAGAAGAAGAGCGACCGUCGUUCGCAAGAAAAAGCGGAUGCCGGCAGUAGCUCCAGAGAUCAACACGCUACAUCUUCUUUACACCCAUCAGCACCCAAAGUCAACAUUAGUACUUCAUCUCAUCCGAAUACUCAGCAACAGCAACAGUCGCAGAAUAAAGUUAUCAUGUCAACUCUUACACCAUCUGAAGCCGGUCGCUCACCGGCUUUGCACAUCAACGCACAGAACGAACAGGAACAAACACAUCGUCGGGCUGCUUUGAUUCCACAAUCUGCUCUUGAUGAAGAGGAGCGUGCAAGGCUUGAAGCGACGCUCAGUCAUGCUCGCUCGCUACUGGAUAGCCAGGGAUUCAAUAACGUCUACAUUAACAUUCCGUUGAGUAUACAGUCUGAACUGCAAAUGAAAACUACUCAUGAUGGCCUUUCUGGUGCGCCGCCUCGUAUAUCUAGCCGCUCGGUCGAAUCGUCCAUCAGCCAUACCAUGAGUCCUGGCCAGGAACAGGUUCUCGAGAACAUCGAUCAUGAAUCCGUUACACGCCCAAUCGAGCAGCCUGCUCGAAGCCCCCGCAAGUCCCUUCCCUCCCAUUGGCUUCCCAGGCCCGUCAGCCCGAAGCUCGCAACAGCUCAGCGUGCGAAGGACCGAACAUACAAGAAGCAAUCCGAGAGCGGAAGCGACCAGCUUACCAGCACGCCUCAUAAUACUACCUCUACGACCGGUGACCACGUAAUUGAUAGUGAGAACAUUGAACCAGUACGAACAAGGGAAAAGGAUCGAGUGUCAAGCUCGCAGACGCAGGCCGACAAUACAAAUUCAACGCAACAUAGAAUGGGCUCAGAUCUUCGUGCGACUGCGGCCGAGUUCGUACCCCAGUUUGCACACACAACUCGCGCGACGGAGCCUGUGACAGAGGCUGCAACUCUGGACUCACUGCAAGAUGUGGCUGGCCUACCAGAUAUGACGAUGCUGGAUAGAAAUUCGAUACCGUUUCUCUGGUACAUGUACGGUAUCCAGUUCGCCUAUGAACAAGGCGUUCGGAAUGGCCGACCCAAACCAGCGCGGAAAUUCAAGCCCAGGAAACCGCGAGACUCGGUUUCAUCAUCUGGCGGUCCAUUGCAUACGGUUUCUCUUGAGCAUCCUGCCACUGAGAUGUCCACAGUUGGCCGCCCUCUUCCAGUCCCAGGACAGUCAAGGUCUUAUGCAGAAAUCGCGGCGCUUCCCAUAUCUCCUCACGGGCCUAAUUCGGUCACCGGUGGAGGUGAUUUCCACGCCAACAUUGAGAAUUUAGAGGCAGUACGCAACGUUGAUGACGGUGAGGUAUUCCAGCCUUUUGCAAGCCAAUAUGAUAAGAUCGAUGAGCAAACUGCCGUUGCGCGCCACAAAGACAACAACACUCCUCGCCAUUACAACAUUGACCUGACAAGGGCGCACAACGUUGGGUUUCCUGUGGGUCCACGCAAUCACCAGGCUCCGACGUACUACACAAUGCCUCGGUACGAUCACCGUAACAAUCGCUUUCCGAGGAACGGUCUGUAUGGCGGCCGGGGCAUCACCGCUGGCAUCCCGAUAGACGCCACAACACCAUUUCCUAACCCCGUGCCGCCUCAGGGUCGUCCUCGCUAUAACCGGACUCGAGCCGGAAAUAUGACUGACUGCACUGGAUACGCGAUUGCGCAGGAAGCGUGUGGAAUCGUCGACAUCACUUCUGCGACGGAACUGAUCGGUGACACGGUGUGCAACACCUGCGAUCCCAAUCACUAG